AUGACCAGCAAGGCGGCAGAGAAGCAGACCACUCUUGUCCAGUCGGUCCCAGUGUCGGCUAUUGAGGAUGCAGAGCUGUCGUUCCAGUUUUCGAAGGAUGAACACAACCAGGGCUUCUGGACGGCAAUGCGGCUGCAUUGGCCCGCGGUGGGGUGGGGUUUAUUCAUGAAUCUGGCAACAAUCCUCAAGGGUAUCGAUGGGGGCGUUGUCAAAGGUCUGGUUGGUCUGGAUGUCUUUAAAGAGACGUAUGGUUACAACCACAAUGGAAAGUACAUGAUCGCCGCACAGUGGCUUUCGGCCUUCAACUAUGCCAACCUGCUCGGUGCGAUAGUGGGCGCACUCUGCUCCGGGUUCACCUAUAACCGAUUUGGGCCUCGUAUCAUGAUCGCAGUAUGCUCAUGCUGCUCCAUCGCCUUCAUCUUCAUCCAGUUUUUCAGCCACACGCCGGCCCAACUCUUCGUCGGCCAACUCGUCAACGGCGCCGUCAUUGCCUUCUACCCAAUCUGCGCCUCGGCAUACGUCGGCGAAGUGACUCCGCUCGUGCUGCGCGGGUUUGCCGCAACCAUGACUAACCUGGCGUUUUCCAUCGGCUCCUUGAUCGCCUCAGGCAUCCUCAAAGGCACGCAAGGCAUGGACAGCGAGCUAUCCUACAAGAUCCCGAUCGCCACGCAGUGGGCCCUACCAUGCAUCAUGAUAUUCCUCGUCAUCUUCUGCCCCGACCCCCCAUACUGGCUCUGCCGCAAGGGCAAAUAUGACGCGGCACGCGCCUCCCUCCGCCGCCUAACCACGCCAGGCAUAGACGUAUCGCUCAAGCUCGCACACAUCCGCGAGACUCUCCGCCUAGAGGAUGAGUUCCAGGGCAGCCGACCAAACUACAUGGAAUGCUUCCGCGGGCCCAACUUCCGGCGCCUGCUCAUCUGCGUAAUGGCAUACAGCAUGCAAGCCUUCACCGGAAACGUCUUCUUCAUCAACUACGCCGUGCAUUUCAUGGAGCUGGCUGGCCUCGACUCAUCCGAUGCCUUCUCCAUGAACAUUGGACUCACCGCUAUCGGGUUCAUGGGCACAUGUAUCUCCUGGCCCCUGCUGUCGUAUGUCGGUCGGAGAACCAUGUAUAUAUUCGGGUGCUCUUCGCUGGCCAUCCUCCUCUUUAUCAUAGGCACUGUGGACCUCGCCCCGCGUCGUACGGACACGGUGUGGGCGCAAUGCGGUCUUAUGUUGGUUUGUACGUUCGUGUACGACCUCAGUCUUGGGCCGUUCUGCUACGUGCUUCUGGCUGAGGUGUCCUCUGCUGGGUUGAGGGGGCUUACCAUCGCUCUGGCUACGGUGAGUUGUUUUGUCUGGUCGGUGGUGUUCGCGGUCGCGAUUCCGUAUGCCAUGAAUGAGGACCAGGCGGAUUGGAGGGGGAAGAUUGGGUUUCUUUUUGCGGGGACUAGUUCGCUGUGCGCGAUUUAUUGUUUCUGGUGUUUGCCUGAGACUAAAGGGAGGACCUUUGAGGAGUUGGAUAUCUUGUUCGAGAGGAAGGUCCCGAGUCGGAAGUUCAAGUAUUAUAAGGUCGAUAUGGAUAUUGAUGGGAGGCGGUUGGAGGAAUAG